UGAUAACAUCAACAGCCUAGUAUCUCUUAUAACAUUCUGUAAACGUUACACAUCGUAAGUAAGACUUGGCAAAUAGUAAACACUAUAACAAGAACAAAGACUAUGAAAUAAAUAUAAGCGAACUAUAUUAAUUCUUUUGACACUGUAAUCUUUUGAAGCAAACAGUUUCAUGUUGAAUAUUGGAUAUUUAUAGAAGAUAAACAAAAUCUUCGUUGGUUUUUCAAAUCUCUUUUGAAUAAUAUCAAUGAUAAAAAACAUUCCUUUCAUGAGUAAAGAUUCACUUAAAAAAUGAAUAUAGUAUUUAUCAUUCUAAUUUGUAUUAUUUCCUGUCAUUUAUCAAAUAGUCAUUUAGUUCACGUUGAUGAAGAUAUUGCAGAUUGGUGUAUAGAAUAUCGUCAAUCAUCACAUCAAUCAUUAAACAGAGCAUUUGAUGUUCCACACUUGAUAAUACACUUGAAUGAAUAUCUGAAUGCAACAUUUUCAGCACUACCCAGUCUAGAUGGAUAUGAUAACAUAAAGAUGUAUCUUGAAAACAAAACUGAGCAAAACUUUAAGUUGAUGUGUAUGGAAUUGUAUAGAACAGUUGCUGAGUCGAAGAAUACUUCACAAAGUCGACCUGAAGCUUCGAACUUUUACAGUUUCUGGAAUAUAAGACCUAAAGUUUGGAUCGCUUCAAUAAUAUCAGUUUUUGUGAUCAGUGCAGUUGGACUAUUAGGUGUCGGUGUGGUACCAUUAGUACAAAAAGUAUUUUACAAUCAAGUUAUACAAUAUCUGGUGGCAUUAGCUGUUGGGACAUUAACUGGUGACGCAAUGCUACAUUUAUUACCUCAUGCUAUCAGCGGUGGUCAAGGUCAUACUCAUGAAUCUGAAUUAUCCGAUGGAGGAGACACUGAACGUACAGCUAUCAUGAAGGGUCUAGUGGCCUUAGGUGGUGUUUAUUUCUUUUUUAUGGCAGAGAAGAUUUUGGGUUUAACUUCUGAUUAUCGGGCCGAGAAGAAACUUGAAAAGGAAGAUCGUGAAAGAGCCUUACAGAACCUACCUGUAGCGCCAGGAACUCGACGUCUCAGCUCAAUAAGAACAUCUUUAGUGCCCGGUGGACAUCUGUCGGUACCCGGACAAGCAAGACGUUUUUCACAGUUUGAUCCAAACAUGUGUAGGAGAGCAUCACGUGCUAUGUCUAUGGCAAACGAAGAUAUACUUGUUACAGGACUAAGCAGUAAAGCAAUGAAGUCAAUCGAUAUACUUUAUAGUUAUGCAGAAGAAUAUGAUGAGCUUGCAAGAAAAGCUUCACAAGAUAUUAGUGUAGAACAACCACUACUGAAAGAUGAACUACAAAUAACCAAUCGAAGAAUGAAAUCCGAGCAAAUCAAUGAUGAAACAGAUUAUUCGAAUAAAGAUAAACAGCAUCACCAACUACAAGCGAAACAGGUGAACUCUACAGUGAAUGUCCCAAAAAUCACAAUUGAAGAAGACGAGGAAAAACAACCAGAAUCAACAGUAACAAAAGUUGAAAAACAGUUGCCAACCGAUUUAUCUGAUCAGCAUAACGAAGAAGAAAAAUCUCACGAUCGAGGACAUAGUCAUGGUCAUGGUCACUCACAUGAGGUUCCAGAAUCUGUAGCUGCUGUGGCCUGGAUGGUUAUCAUGGGUGACGGUUUACACAACUUCACAGACGGAAUGGCUAUCGGUGCUGCAUUUGCUCAAAGCAUCUCAGGUGGUCUUAGUACAAGUGUUGCAGUCUUCUGUCAUGAACUACCACAUGAACUAGGUGAUUUUGCUGUACUCUUAAAAACUGGUAUGCGAAUUAAAGAAGCUAUGUUGUUCAAUAUUGUGUCAUCAAUUCUUUGUUUAUUCGGUAUGGUAGUCGGUAUAGCAGUUGGGAAUAUAGAAUCAGCAAGCUAUUGGAUAUUUGCUAUCACUGCUGGAACAUUUAUUUACAUUGCACUCGUUGAUAUGCUACCGGAACUUAAUACAGUAGAAUUGAGACCAGGUCAAACACGCAUUGGACAGUUGGUUAUUCAAGUGGCUGGUUUAACGACAGGAGUUGGUAUCAUGUUGGUUAUAGCUUUAUUUGAAGAUUCUAUACGUGUAAUAGUUGACUGAUUGAAACACAUUUACAACAGAAGACGAUAGCAUUCAAAUAAAAGUAUUCUGUGUCGUAGCAUAUUCCAAGAGUUACCAUUGAGUUUACCUGUGUUAAUAUUAUUUUUAAUGCGACGCAUACAGGAAUACUUAGACAACUUAUCUUUUGGUUGUGUAGUCUCUUGAACAGCGUCUACACACAUCAAUGGUACUGAAAACUAUAUGAACACUACCAUUUAGUAAUUAAUUUAGCUGCUUAGUUUACACUUCGGGAUUCUUAUUUUCUCAUUAGGUGUUUGCCAAAUAAAAAAUGCAUAAUUAAACAUAAUCACUAAAUUCUUCAAAAUAUAUAACUUCCUUAUGAGUAACCAUUAUCAUUUAUGAACAAGCAUAUUUCUUUUUGUUUUAUGUUGCUUUACACUUAUAGCACUUUCAUCAUCUGCAUUUUAUACAACUCUAACUAUAAUAUAUCGGUUAAAUUUUAUGAAA